AAAUCGAAAACACCUAGAAUUGGCGGGGGCUUACUUUAGCACACGACACCCCGGAUUACGUUAGACAUCGCCGCUGCAAAUUUCACACACAAAACCACGUAGUGUGUGUGAAUGGAACUUCUUCACUGUCAACAUCUAAACAUGCGUCGUCGCUCUCAAACUCCUCUCACAAAUCUUCUCUUCAACUCUUUCCCCAAAUCCCAUUUCAUCUCCCAGUUCAUCAACUCCCAUAAAUUUUCUAAAAAAAACUCGUUAAUUUCUUCAUACUUUAGUUCUGUACAGAUUAACCCACCUGCAGCUGAAUCUAAUUCACCAAUUAGAAAGAAAAAUGGGUCUAAAAGGUGGGAUAAAGAGAAGUUAAGAUGGUUUUCUGGAAAGUUACGGGAUUGUGCCGAAAAUCGGUUUCUUGAAGAGGGUAAGAUGGUCCAUAAGGAGAUUGUUGAUAGUGGGAUUGAAUUGGAUUCGCAUUUGUGGGUGUCGUUGAUUAACUUUUACGCGAAGUGUGGGUGUUUGAGCGUCGCGCGCCAGGUGUUUGAUGAAAUGCCUCAACGAGAUGUUGUGUCGUGGACGGCUCUUAUUAGUGGGUUUGUGGGUGAAGGGUCUGGGGCCGAGGGUAUUCGGUUGUUUUGUGAGAUGCAUGAAGAAGGGGUUAACCCAAACGAGUUUACGUUGGCCACGGUUUUGAAAGCGUGCUGUUUGUGUUUGAAUUUAGAGUUUGGUAAGCAGUUACACGGUGAGGUUGUUAAAGCUGGAUUCUUUUCUGAUGGGCAUGUUGGUUCGGCUCUUGUUGACCUUUAUGCUAAAUGCGGUGAGUUAGAGUACGCGGAGAAGGUGUGCCUUUGCUUGCCGAAAGAAAACGCGGUUUCAUGGAAUUCGUUGCUUAAUGGGUUCGCUUUGGCGGGUGAUGAUCAAAGGGUUUUGCGGUUAUUUUGCAGAAUGAAAGAAACCGAAAUGAAGUUGAACAAGUAUACAUUGUGCACGGUUCUUAAAGGGUGUGCAAGUUCCGGAAAUUUAAAAGCGGGACGGAUUGUGCACGGUAUGGCAAUCGUAAGCGGGUCUGAAGACGAGGAGUUUUUGAGUUGCAGCCUUGUUGACAUGUACUCAAAAUGUGGCCGCGCAGACGACGCGUUAAAAGUGUUUCGGAAGUUAAAAUCUCCCGAUAUUGUAACAUGGAGCGCUAUGAUUUGUUGCCUUGAGCAACAAGGAAGAGAACAAGAAGCAGCCGAGCUAUUUUCGAUGAUGAUGUCAUCAGGGUUAAGACCGAACCAGUUUACCCUUACGAGCAUUGUCAGUGCAGCUAAAGAGCUAGGUGACCUACGUUAUUCUCGGUGUCUACAUGCUUGUGUUCAUAAAUAUGGUUUCGCAGACGAAACUUUAGUCAAUAACGCGUUAAUCACAGUGUACAUAAAGAAUGGAUCUUUUGACGAUGGAUACAAAAUCUUUAAUACGAUGAGUCACCGGGAUUUAGUUUCGUGGAAUUCUCUUUUAGCGGGAUUCCAUGACAACAAAAGUAGUGACGGAUUAAGAACUUUUAAGAAGAUUCUAGAAAACGGUUUUAAACCGAAUAUGUUUACGUAUAUAAGUACUCUACGUUCUUGUACUAGUUCGUUAAAUAGUGAAGUCGGUAAGCAAGUACAUGGUCAAGUAAUCAAACAAAGCCUUGAUAGUGAUUGUUACGUGGGAACCGCUCUGAUUGACAUGUAUGUCAAGUCCAAAUGUGUCAACGAUGCAGAAAAAAUCGUUAAUCGGUUGAACGAAAUCGACCUUUUCACUUGGACAGCGGUUAUUUCUGGUUGUGCACAAGCUGACGAAGGUGAGAAAUCGAUUUUCUACUUCAAACAAAUGCAGAAAGACGGGGUUAAACCGAAUGAGUUCACUCUUGCCGGCUGUUUAAGAGGAUGUUCUGCGAUUACAAGCGUUAAUAAGGGGAAACAACUGCAUUCUUUCGUAAUUAAAGAUGGCCACGUUGACGAUCCGUUUGUUGCAAGCGCACUUGUGGAUAUGUACGGCAAGUGCGGGUGCAUUAAGGACGCUGAAACAAUAUUCGAGGCGGUCGAAUCACACGAUACGGUGUUGUGGAACACGAUCAUUAACCAAUACGCGCAGCAUGAUCAAGGAGAGAAAGCUAUCAAAUGUUUCGAGAAUAUGUUAACUAAAAACGUCCCACCGGAUGGCGUUACGUUCAUUGGCAUACUUUCGGCAUGCAGCCGUUUGCGUUUGACGGAAUUAGGAAAAAAAUAUUUUCACUCCAUGACUGACGUUUACAACAUUCCUCCGACCAUCGAGCAUUACGCUUGCAUGGUUGAUAUUCUCGGUAGGGACGGAAAGUUUAACGAAGCCGAAAGCUUUAUUAAUCAAAUGACAUUGCCGCCUAAUAAUUUGAUAUGGGAGACGCUUCUUGGAGCGUGUAAAGUUCACGGAAACGUGGAACUUGGUCAACGAGUUGCGGAGAAACUUUUUCAGAUCGAACCCGAAGUCGAUUCUAAUUAUAUAAUGUUAUCCAACAUUUUCGCAGCCAAUGGGAUGUGGGACGAUGUGGCUCGCGUUAGAGCGUUAAUGUCGAGUCAGGGGGUUAAAAAGGAACCGGGGUGCAGUUGGGUUGAAGUUAACGGUCAAACACAUGUCUUCUUGUCGCAAGAUACUUCUCAUUUGAGGAUACUCGAAAUCGAUGAAAAGUUGCGAGAAUUGGAGCGGAAACUUGUUUCGGUCGGGUAUGUUCCAGAUACGGAAUAUGUGCUUCGCAAUGUAUCCGACGUUGAAAAACGUGAAAUUCUUUCGCAUCAUAGUGAAAGAUUGGCUCUUUGCUUUUCUCUUAUUAGUAAGGACUCGAAUAAUAAAACGGUUACGAUAUUUAAGAAUCUUAGAAUCUGUGGAGACUGCCACAAUUACAUGAAGCUGGUUUCGAGCGUCGUAAAUAAGGAUAUUGUUAUACGUGAUGCCAAACGGUUCCACCAUUUUAAAGAGGGUUCCUGCUCAUGCCAAGAUUAUUGGUGAACAAGAAGCUUUGUUAUUUGGAAUGCGUGUCAGAGCCCGACUAACCAACUUUAGUUAAUGCUGUGGAGGCGGCAAUGGAUGCUGUUGAGGGACGGUUUCCAGCCCAGCUCGAUCGCGGUUGGGUUUCAGAAGCUACAAGCAAGCGGUAAGCUGCAUGGUGGUGUUAAGGAACAAGGCAAUGCUUAUAGGUAUGCACAGGCAUUUGGUUGCCAGUCAUCUUCAAGAUCCAUUAAAGGGUACUGAUACAUAUAAAUUGUGUAUAUCCACUUUUUGGUUUUGUUAUUUCUCAGUUUUGGAUUA